AUGGUCAAGGAAACCAAGCUCUACGACUGCCUCAGUAUCAAGCCUGAGGCGACUCAGGAAGAGAUCAAGAAGGGCUACAGAAAGGCAGCCCUCAAGUGGCAUCCCGACAAGAACAAGGAUGACCCCGGCGCCGCCGAGAAGUUCAAGGAAUGCUCCCAAGCCUACGAGAUCCUCUCCGACCCCGAAAAGCGCAAAAUAUACGAUGACUAUGGCCUCGAAUUCCUGCUGAGAGGCGGUGCACCUCCUCCUGAAGGUGCCGGUGGCCAAGGUUUCCCCGGAGCCACCGGAGUGCCGCCAGGGUUUGAUUUUGGCGGCAUGGGUGGCGGAGGAGGACCCCACACCUUUCACUUCUCAACCGGCGGCGGCGGUCCUCGCGGAUAUCACUUCUCGGGCGCUGAAAACAUCUUCCAGGAGUUCAUGCGCCACAACGGCAUGGACGGCAUGGGCGGCAUGGGCGGCAUGCCAGGGAUGAGCCCCGACGGCUUCCCCUCAAUGUAUGAAUCGUUUGGCAGCCAAGGAAGAUCCAGCCGCCAGAAGAAUAGGGGCAGCACAGGCGGCCAAAAUCGAGAGCGCACGCCCGACAUCUCCACUGUACAACGGCCGCUGCCAUUGACGCUGGAGGAGCUUUUCAACGGCGUCGAAAAGAAGAUGAAGAUUAAGCGCAAAACCUUUGACGAGACUGGCAAACGCGUGCAAUCGGAUAAGAUCCUCAACGUGCCCAUCAGGGCUGGACUGAAAAAGGGUUCAAAGAUUACAUUUGCUGGCGUGGGAGACCAAGUUGAAGGUGGCCGCCAAGACUUGGUUUUUAUCGUCGAGGAGAAAUCACACCUCAUCUACGAGAGGGACGGCAACGACCUCAUCCAAACAAUCACCCUCAGUCUCAAGGAGGCGCUGACGGGGUGGAAGCGAACCGUGUCGACAAUCGACGGUAAACAACUUUGCAUCGAGAAAGGCGGACCCACGCGGCCUGACAGCGAGGACCGGUAUCCGAAUUUGGGGAUGCCGUUGAGCAAAAAGCCUGGUGAGAGGGGCGACUUUGUCAUCAGGUACAGGAUCACUUUCCCAUCGACUCUAUCAGCAGCGCAGAAGAACAAGCUCAGGGAGAUUCUUUAA